GUGUGUGUGUGUGUGUGUGUGUGUGUUUGGUGUAGCUAUGAUAUCAUGAUUGACACAGCUCUCAAACCGUGGCUAAUAGAGGUGACUGCAUCUCCGUCACUCACAUCAACGACUGCAGCAGACAGACUCAUGAAAUGCAGUCUCGUCAGUGACAUACUCAACAUCGUUAUUCCAGGACGAGACAUUCCUGACGUUCGAUGGAACAAAAUUCCUGCCAAGAAAGCUCUUGCUAACUUUGAUGUAUUGUAUGAUGAAGAGUUGGAGAGGCUUGCUCAUCUGUCUGAUACUGCAGAUGGUCGUGAUGAGAAAUCGAGAGCAGCAGCUGUAGGACGCAGCCAAACUGGCAACAAUGGGAAGAAGCAGCUAACCAUUUGGAAGUGAAAUGAGAUAAGCCACAAGCAAGUGAUGGAAAUUUAGUUGAUAUUAAUUAAUGCACUCAAUCUCUUGCCUCGGGGUUGCUGGUUGGUGAUUUCAGAUGUGGAAAACUGUGGGAGUGUGUUUGCUGUACUAGCUGAGCUGAUACUAUGCCAUUGGAUUGCUGUAAAUAAUGUUUCAUAGUUUAUAAAUUGUUUCUGUGUUGUUGACUGA